AUGUACAGGCUGCACACCCAGGACCCCAUUCUAUACUCCGCUCUCCUCUUCAUGCUGUGCCAGGCUGCCAGUCCUGCAAUAUUUCCCCAUGGAAGUCCCGGCCAUUCCUCUGGGGUCCCGAUCCCCCCUCCUGAUGGGACUGUGGCUGGUGCUGAUGAGAGCGAUCAGUCGGGAAGAGGACGGACAGCUCUUCAUGGAUUCUCCCCAUCCGAUCUCCUGACUUCUACACCUGAGCCACCCUCCCCCCUGUACCAUCCUCUCCCUCAUAUUCAUCCUCUGCCACCAGCAUUACCACCCGCUACUGCCCCAUCACUUCCUUCUCUGCCCCCACUUAUUGCCCGAUAUAGAUCGGCCAGAUUCAUUCAGCCUCUGGGGAUAUCUUCUUCCUACACUGUGCGGGUACCAGCAGGGGGCGCCCUAGGGGAGACGAUCUUCACUGUCCCCGAUAGGAGGUAUCGGGGCAAAUGGUUUGAGAUCAGCUGGCCCCCAGAGCCCCCGAUGAGGAUAGAGAGCGGAUCUGGUCGGCUGUACCUGACCCAGAAACUGCAAGGAGGACAGACAGAGAUCCAGGUGAAGGUCCACAACCUGGAGCAAGACAGCGACUGGUAUUUGUGCCACAUAACCAUUAUUGUGCCCAGAGAGGAGAGUUUGGAGUGGACGAUGUACCCCUUCCCUUACCUUGCUUGUGUAGAUCCUGAAGCACCAAAAGGCACUUUUGUGUACCAGCUUUUAGCCCAUUACUACAACGAUGAGAGCUCAGGUGGUGGGAUAUCAUAUUACAUUAUGGAAGGAUAUGACCAGCAGUUUGAGGUUAACAAGGAGACUGGUGUCAUCAGUACGACAGGUUUACCACUGAUUUGGGAUAAGGAAUAUGCACUCACAGUGCAGGCAAUUGACAGACAUGGGAAAAAAAGUCUGCAUGCUUGUGUCUCCAUUCUGGUCGGCUUGCGUCCUCCCCAGUUCACCAAUAUGACGUACAGUCUGUUUGUCCCAGAAAGCACUGCUGCUAGGGAGAAAAUAGCAGUUGUAGAAGCUGUGUCUUUCCAGAGCCAGCCGAUCACCUACAGCUUGCUGAUGAAUCCCAGCAGCCUCUUCAUCAUUAACCAGGAAAGCGGAGAGCUGAGCCUUACCCAUGCUGUGGACUUUGAGAGUGAACAUCACCUCUACCACUUGUUGGUAAAAGCUGUGGAGGCAGACAUUGGACUCAGCAGCGUCACUGAGGUCAUGGUUCACAUCAUAGAUGAUAAUGAUUGCUCUCCUGAGUUCCUGAGGUCUAUAUACAGCAAAGACAAUAUUUUAGAAAAUAUUCCAGUGGGAACAUCCUUGUUACAAGUGACUGCCCAGGAUUGUGACUCUGGAACCAAUGCAGAGAUUUCUUACUUCACUCAAAGCUCAGAGUUUUCUAUCACGCUACAAGGAGUCAUCCAUUCCAGCCAGAUACUCGACUAUGAGCGAGCCAACCACAUGUAUGAAUUUGUAGUAGUAGCUGUGGACAAGGGAAAUCCCCCUCGUACUGGAACAGCAUCUGUGCGACUACGCAUGGCCAACGUCAAUGAUGAAGCCCCAAUCUUCUCCCAGUUUGUAUAUAACACUUUCCUGUCUGAAGAUGCUGGGCCAAACACCUUAGUAGGGACAGUCCAUGCUAAGGACCCAGAUGGAGAUGGAGUGUCCUACUUCAUUGUUGAAGGCAACGAAGAUGGUAACUUUGAACUGGACAGUCAAAGAGGUAUCUUAAGACUUCGUAGAAUGCCUCUGCCCAAGCUGACGAAUACUCAGUAUGUGUUAAACAUCUCUGCAGUGGAUGAUAAUAUUUCUGGGGGAUCGUCCUCAUUAAUCAGCUUCACUAAAGUCAUUGUGGGAAUAAAUGAUGUUAAUAAUAAUAAACCUAUUUUCAGAGAGUGUCUUAAGUACAGUGAAAACACCUGGGUCCUAGAGAACCAGCCUCCGGGUACCUUCGUCCUACAGGUAGAAUCUUAUGAUGCAGACACUGGUGUGAAUGGAGAAGUGAAGUACAGAAUAAUGCAUAGAGAGGGAGCCAUUCCAGCAUUUUCCAUCGACGCAGAUACUGGUGUGAUCAGCACAGCUCAAAGUUUUGACCGGGAGAAGCAAAGAGAAUACACGAUCUCUGUGACUGCCACAGACCAAGCUCAGGAGCCCCUAAUUGGUAUUUGUCCAGUGACUAUCCUUAUUGCUGAUGUCAACGAUAAUGACCCUAAAUUUGAGAACAGUCGUUACCAAUAUUUCCUGCGAGAAGAUACUCCAGUUGGAACUAGUUUUCUUCGCACUGCUGCUCUAGACAGUGAUCAAGGUGUUAAUGCUGCCAUAAGUUAUACAAUAUCAGCAGAACAACCAGAGUAUCUCCAGAUAAACCCAAGCACAGGGUGGGUGUAUGUCAACCAUCCCAUCUCCCAGACUUCUCGCAUUACUCGGCACAUUUUUGCCACAGAUGGGGGGAACCGCAGCACCAGUGUCGAACUUACAGUGACCAUAACUAACAUUCUAAACCAGCCACCACAGUGGGUACAAACAAGAUACUGGGUCUCUAUUCCAGAAAAUAUCACACGGGACACUAAGAUUGUGACGGUAAAAGCCACAUCUUUGCUGGGUGACCCACGUGUAACAUACAACAUGGAAGAAGGGCUUGUUCCAGAGACAAAUAACCCCAUUCGUUUCUACCUGAAAACAAACAGAACUGACAGCUCAGCAUCCAUAUUGGUAUCUGAACCCCUGGAUUAUGAGGAGACCAAAUUCUUUACCCUGAAGAUCAGAGCCCAGAAUGUUGCUACAGUACCUCUAGCAUCUUUUACAACUGUUUAUGUCAACGUGACUGAUGUUAAUGACAACGUUCCAUUCUUCACAUCCUCCACUUAUGAAGUGACGUUACAGGAAGGGGCUGAGAUCGGAUCAUCAAUUGCACAAGUUAUAGCCACGGAUCUUGAUUCUGGCCUACAUGGAAAGGUUCAAUAUACCAUACUGAGAGACACCAGUGGAGACCACCAACAUUUUACCAUUAAUCCAGAGACUGGAGUCAUAUACACAAGCACAUUGUUUGAUAGAGAAAAACAAGCAUCCUACCUCAUAGAAAUUCAGUCUCAAGACUCUUCAGAAUCAGCCCGUCCAGGAAUGCAAGGACACCCUAACACAGAUACGGCCUACAUGAGAAUAUUUGUCAGUGACAUCAAUGACAAUGCACCUAUGUUCCCACUACAGAGAUAUGAGACUAGUGUGGAAGAGGACAAAGAUGUGGGUUAUGUUGUAAUAACUGUAAGCGCUGUGGAUGAAGAUGAAGGUGCCAAUGCCAAGCUCAGAUACCAGAUCACCAGUGGAAAUGCCAAGGGCAUAUUUGAUGUGGAACCAGAGAUCGGAGCAAUAUUUCUCACCCAGAGUCUGAAUUAUGAGCAGGACAUGCUCUUCGAGUUGAGACUGGUGGCAUCAGAUGGUAAAUGGGAAAAUCACACUCUUGUGGUCAUCAGCGUGGUCAAUUUAAAUGACGAGGCCCCGGUCUUCACACAGAGUGAAUAUCAUGAUAGUAUUCUGGAGGAACUGACAGAGCUCCCUGUACUGGUGCUGCAAGUUUCUGCUACCGAUCCUGACCAAGAAGCAGAUCAGAGUGCUCUUCGUUACUCCUUGCAUGGUCAGGGAGCCAACAGUGAGUUCAUCAUUGACCAGUACAAUGGAAAAAUAUAUGUACAGAAAACUCUAGACCGAGAACAGCGAGCAACUUGGCGCUUCCUGGUUCUUGCCACUGAUGCAAAUGGUGAAGGUUUGACUGGAUUCGCUGAUGUGAUAGUUGACGUUAAAGAUAUAAAUGACAAUCCACCAAUGUUCCUGUGCACCUCUGAUGGCUGCUUUGUGGGCUAUGUACCAGAAAAUUCCCCUGCAGAUACUACAGUGAUGGAGAUGACAGCUUUUGACUUGGAUGACCCGAAAUCUGGGAAGAAUGCCAUUUUGACCUAUAGAAUUGUCCAGAAUGUCAAAAAUGAGAUAAACCUUAAUUUGUUUGGAAUUCAUCCUUCUACUGGCUCCAUAUACACUGUGUUGGGUUCUCUGGAUAGGGAGAAGGAGGACAGAUACCUGAUUGUUGUAGAAGCUAAAGAUGGAGGUGGCCUUUCUGGGACUGGAACUGCCACCAUUAUAGUAUCUGACGUGAAUGACCACGCCCCGGUAUUCUCUCAGAAAAUGUACACAGCAUCUGUUCCUGAAUGUUCUAAUGUUAACAGUGAGGUGACUGUUUUACAUGCCUGGGACAAUGAUGAAGGGGAAAAUGCAAUGAUGGCGUUCAGCAUUGCUGGAGGAGAUGAUGACCGCAAAUUCUUUAUAGAGACAGAUAAGAUCCAUAAACGGGGGAUCAUUCGUCUAAGGAAAAAAGUGGACUAUGAAAAACCCUACGAGAGAUCCUUUAAUCUGACCGUAAAAGUUGAAGACAUGGAUUUCUUCAGUGUGGCCUACUGCAUCAUCCAUGUUGAAGACUCAAAUGAUCAUGCUCCAGUGUUCUAUCAAAAUAUGUAUGAGUUGCCUGCAAUGUCUGAAGAUAUCUCUGUUGGCACAACAGUGGUUCAGGUAUCUGCAGUUGAUUUGGAUUCAGGAGUGAAUGGUUUGUUCUCCUAUCACAUUCUGGACUCUUCCGAUCCUGGUGGACAGUUCUUGGUUGAUCAUGAUGGCCACAUUGUGGUCUCUAGGCCAUUAGACAGGGAAGCAUCUCCUUAUCAUCGGCUGGUUGUACUAGCCACAGACAUGGGUGAGCCGGCCCUCACUGGAAGCGCAACCAUUGUUUUCAGUCUUAAGGAUAUAAAUGAUAGUGGUCCUGAAUUUGAAGUCCAAUAUAGUCCAAUCAUCUGGGAAAACUCAGAGUAUCCCCAUGUUGUACAAAUAAACAAAACAUCAACAUUAUUAUAUGCUAAAGACAAUGACACAGCAACUAAUGGUCCGCCAUUUUCAUUCUACCUGUUAAGUGCCACUGUGGGUACUGGUGAUUGCAGUCUGACAGACUUUCACAAUGGAAGUGCCAUGAUCACUGCUCUGCGCAGCUUUGACAGAGAAAUACAAAAGGUGUUGUAUUUACCGAUUGUUAUUACUGACAGUGGGAGUCCUCCUAUCACGUCAACAAAUACAUUGACAGUUGUAAUCGGAGACAGAAAUGAUCAUCCUCAUUCUUCUGGACACAUGGACUGUACUGUCUACUCAUAUAAGGGGAUUCAGCCAGCCAUUGCUCUUGGAAAAGUUGUAGCACCAGACCAAGAUGACUGGGAACACAAAUUGUAUCAACUAGAAAGUAAAUCAAGGAUUUUCACUCUCCAUGAUGCUACCGGCAUGCUGACCAUCAGAGAAGGGGCUCUGCCAGGGAUGUAUAAAAUGAGGGUGAGAGUGACAGAUGGCAUGUGGCCUGAUGUGGUCUCUACAGUAAAGGUUGUGCUCACUGACAUUACUGAGAAAGAAGCUCAUAACGCUGGAGCCAUAAGACUUCAAGGUAUCACAGCUGAAGAAUUUAUAGCUCAGACACCCAGCAUUGGAAGUAGAUAUGAACAGAUGAGGGAUCUGCUGUCAGACAUAAUCCCCUGUAGAUGGGAGAAUGUGAACCUGUUCAGUGUAUUGAAUGUUCCUGGCAUGGAUAACGCAACUGAUGUCUGGUUUACAGUGUCCAGACCUCCCUAUUACCAGUCUGAAAAACUGAAUGGGAUUGUGGCUUCCCACCUAGACAAGAUAGAAUCUGCACUGGGGGUACAAGUGGAUCAGAUUGGAGAAUAUGAGUGUGAUAAGGCACAGUGCAGCCACAAGACUGGAUGUAUUACUGGGAAAACCUACAAACACAUGCCCACUAUGAUCAGAUCCCCCAACGUCUCCUUCGGAUCAGUGACUGUGGUGACACAAGUCCAGUGCUCCUGUGCUGCCCGAGAGUAUCGGCAUCUAUCCUGCUCCUCCUAUCCAGUCAACCCAUGCAUUAAUGGAGGCACCUGCAUAGACACUGCACUUGGAUACAGAUGUGAAUGUCCACCUGCGUACCAUGGACCUGAGUGUCAGCAGACAAAACGCUCCUUUACUGCCCCUGCAUAUGCCUGGUUUCCACCCCUGCAGCUCUGCUAUGAAAGUCAGAUUUCUCUGGACUUCAUCACUGACGUACCUGAUGGCCUUCUGCUGUACAAUGGUCCCAUGUCCGCCAGCAGUCGUGGAGACUCGGGGGAUUUCAUCGCUCUGGUGCUUCACAAUGGAUCUCUUUCCCUCUCUGUUAACCAUGGUUCUGGAUCUCUCUUCCUGAAGUUUGGAAAAAAAGCCAAUGUGUUAGAUCAGCGCUGGCAUAACCUAAAGAUCAUGAGCAAUGGCAAGAGGGUGAAGAUGACCCUUGAUAACUGCUUGGGAGACCUGGUGAGUGAAGACUCUGAUGGAUUACAUGCAGACUGGUCAUGGUGUGAAGUGUCUGGAGAGACGCCUGGGAGCAAGAGAUUCCUCAAUGUUUACCAGCCCCUGCAGCUUGGAGGAGUAAAGAAUAUACCAGGCAGUAUUCAUUCAUCCAUCCACUUCACAGGGUUUUCUGGCUGCAUCAGAAAUCUGCAGGUGGAUAGUAAGAUGUAUGAUUUGGAGAAGCCCCUGGAAUCGGUGAACAGUGCUGCAGGAUGUGCUGUGACAGAUGAGCAGUGCAGUAGAAUUAGAUCGCCACCUUGUGGAAAACAUGGAUACUGCAUAAGUGAUCAGACUUUCGCUAAAUGUGUCUGUCAUCCAGGAUAUUAUGGGAAACUCUGUGAUUCAGUCCUACAGGAAUGGAGCCUUGAGAAAGGAAGUUGGAUUCGUUAUGUGAUUCAUCAUCCGCUCAGCCUGCACUAUACUUCUAUACAACUCAUGCUUCGUACUCGAAUAUCUUCUGCUACUAUACUCCAUCUGACUUCCCGGGACAGGUCCUCUUUUCUGAAGCUGGAGAUUAGUGGAGGACACCUCGCUGUUGGUUUCAACUUUGGCGAGCGGAGUCAUGUGAUCAGGCUGCCAGACCUACGUAUAGAUCAUGGGAGAUGGGCACUGCUAAGCCUGGAGCGCUAUGGCAAUGUGUUCACAUUGCGUAUUGAAAGAGGAGGCGGUGUCCGAGAAGUGACAGCUUCUAUGGGGAAAAGUAGAUUAUUCGAAGCUGAUCCAUCGAAUGUUAUGUUAGGAAACAGUUUAGCGCAGCAAGCUGAGGAUGAUUUUCAAGGAUGUUUACGGGAUGUGCGUGUCAAUGGUCUUGUACUGCCGUUGGAUGGAGAAGGUAAUGAGCACAGCUCUGUUGUCAGCUCGCAGGGUAUCAGCAAUGGAUGCCACUCGGAUGUCUGCAGGAACCAGCCCUGCCCCUCUCACCUCAACUGUAUUGAUUUAUGGAGAAAACAUGAAUGCAGGUGCCCAACAGAUAAAGUUGGAGUGAUGAAUAAUGUAACAGGACAGAAGGACUGUCACCCAUCACCUUGUAUGAAAUGGAUCUGUCGGAACGGGGGCAAUUGUGUAGCUCAGUCCCAGCACAAGUAUAUCUGCCAGUGCAAAAAAGGCUUCAAGGGUCGGGUCUGCGAGACCAUCCAGGCCAGAACUGGGAAGAUUGUUGGACUGAGCUCAGGAUCCAUUUUAGCCAUCAGCAUGUGUCUUCUGAUCUUCAUAGCCUUGUUGGUCUCCUACACGGUAUGGAGUCAGUGGGGAAGAUCGAAGUUUCGGAAAGGUGGAGUUUAUCACAUUCCUGCAGAACAUGAAAGCUGGGAAGAUAUCAGAGGGAACGUGUUGAAUUAUAACAAGGAGGGUAGAGGACAGCGCUGGAAGAAAACAGACAGACUAAGCGGAGCAAUAAACAACAAAGGCACAAGAGUUAUUAAUGGAUACAACCCUCAGAAAGUGAAAAAGACAGUCAAAGUAAAUGCUCAUCAGUUAUAUUCUACCUCAAAUGUCCCCUCCACUUUGAACUUGUGUCGCGCUCCUCGCCGUCUACAUGGUGCUGGUGCAUCGAGAGGAACAGUUUAUCGUGAACAGACUAAAGCUGAGACCAGCAACCCCAGCUUUCAGAAAUAUGUUUCACAAAUAGUUAAGGCUGCAGAUAAUGACCAAAAAAAACAACCUCCUGAGGUCCUCCAUAUGUAUGCCACAGAAGGUGAUGGCUCAUUGGCUGGGAGUCUCAGUUCUCUGACCUCUUCCAGUAUUGAUGAAGACUUGAAUUAUGACUACCUCUGUGAAUGGGGACCCAAGUUUAACAAACUCCGAGAUCUGUAUAAGGAGUUGGACACGGAGGCAUAGCUAGCCGCAGACACAUGUUCGUAGAGCAACCCAGACACCCACAGUUAUACGCUAAUUUAUAACAUAGGAAUUUUUUAUAUGAAAUAUACAAUAAACAUCUUAGUUAAAAAAGGAGAAAAUUGAUGUUCUUUUCACAAGUUCUCAGA